AUGGCAGGCCGUGCGCCCUCAGUGGUGGCUGUUGCGCCAGCCGCCGCCGGCUUCGAGAAGGGCAUGUCCCAGUUCGCUGCCGACUACCCGUGGCUCGCGAAAUACGGCUUUGGUCCCACCGUGAAAGCCGAACGUUGGAACGGCCGCCACGCCAUGUUUGGCUGGGCGGCGAUUCUAGCAACCGGCGUCGCAAAGGCCCACGGCUGGAUCCCUGACGGGAGCACGGCUCUCACCUACGCCGAUUGGGGCGGGCUUGCGCAACAAGGUUUCAAUACGUACAUAUCGAAUGAGAGGGCCAUCAUCAUGAUCGCACACGUCCACGCGCUGGCUGUGUCGGCCGCGGCAGCCUUUGGUCCGCAGGUGCUGGGCGACUCGCUCACGCUCCUCGACGGGGAGGAGGACGAGGCGCCUGAGCUUCGCUUGAGUGAACCGUAUGGUCUCUUUGUCAAUGGAGCCUUCGGGCUCUCUCCAGCGGCAGAGAUGGCUAACGGCGCGAGAAGCCGCCUCGCGAUGCUCGGCAUCAUCGCCGUUGUGAUCACUUCGGCUAUCUCCGGCAAAGACAUCCUCGAAGUGGUCGACAUCGGCACCGGCGGCAACCUCCUCACGCACCCCAUGUUCUGA